GAGCAGAGAGAUAGAGAGGAUCAUCGCUUAAGGUAUAACGUCUCGGAUUCUAUCGCUUCAUUCCGAUUGAAAGAGAUUCCGAAGUAGUGGUUUCUAGUUGGGUUCUAUGGUCAUGUUAACUUAGUUCUCUAUUUGUGGAAUGGGAGCAAUCAUGGUGCAAUCCACCAUAUCAAUAUUGGAGAGCAGGAGCUCCAACUGGUCAUGUAUCAUCCUUUCAACUUCUAAUAUAAGGCAGAACUGGAACCUCAAACCAAGUUUGAGUGGACAAAUUUUGAAGGUUGGGUCAAAACCUGGACCAAUUCUUAGAAAGAGUUGUGAGACAAGAAGACAUAAUUGGAGUAUAGCAUUUGCUUUAGACGCUGGUGGAACUCCAGAUGGUGGAGACGAAGACAGCCUCAACAACGAUGGUACUGGUCUUGGCCAGACUCGACUGGGGAGGAUAGUGGGUGCUGGUGGCAGACAGUUGUUGCAGAAGUUGAAUGCUGCUAGAAGGAACUUCCCCAUGAAAAUUUUUCUCCUCCUAUUAGGUUUCUACACUGCUAAUGCACUUGCUACGAUCCUAGGACAGACAGGUGACUGGGAUGUGUUGGUUGCUGGUGUUAUUGUAGCUGCAAUUGAGGGGAUUGGUAUGCUUAUGUACAAGAAGCCUUCAUCCCUAUCUACAGGGAGGUUACAAUCUUUGGUUGUGAUGGUCAACUACUGGAAGGCUGGUGUUUGCUUGGGCCUUUUUGUGGAUGCUUUCAAAUUAGGGAGUUAAUGCAUGAUUCUCACUAGAGAUUCUU